CGCUCAUACACUGGGUACCACCAGACUAGGUCGAAAUUGGCACGGAGCAGAUGUAUUUGCCCCAUGCUGGUGUGUUCGAAUUGUUUUUACAUUGUAAACACUGGAUAUAGGUUAUUUCUUCGAAAUAUUUAAGGACCAAAGCCCAAAUCUGGAGCCCUGCGCUCUCUCUCUUCUCAACGUCUGGCACCUAGCAUCCAACCCCUCUACUUCAUACCUACAGUACACUCUGAACUCUCCCUCUCUUUCUGUCUCUCUGUUGGUCUCUCUCUCUCUGCGCCAACCCCCUCCCAGCUCCCCCCUCAGCAUCCCUGAUGCGUAAGAACAGUAAGGUGACGCAGCGUGAGCAUACCAGUGAGCAUGUCACAGAGUCGGUGGCAGACCUGCUCGCUCACGAAGCGCCGCUCGACUACAAGAACAGUUCUCUGAAUGUUGGAGGGGUACCCGGGAAGAAGAUUGUUCUCGAGCCCCCCGAGAACGAUGGCCGCCCAGCCUGGAACAGCAAACUUCAGUACAUUCUGGCCCAGGUGGGCUUCUCUGUGGGGCUAGGAAACGUCUGGCGCUUCCCUUACCUGUGCCAAAAGAAUGGAGGAGGUGCCUAUCUGGUCCCGUAUUUCAUCCUCCUCAUCCUCAUCGGCGUCCCGCUCUUCUUCCUGGAGCUAGCGGUGGGCCAGAAGAUCCGACGUGGGAGCAUCGGGGUGUGGAACUACGUGUGCCCCCUACUGGGUGGGAUAGGGGUGUCCAGCCUAAUGGUGUGUGGCUUUGUGGGGCUCUACUACAACGUCAUCAUCGGCUGGAGCAUCUUCUACUUCUUCCAGUCCUUCCAGUACCCACUGCCAUGGGCAGAAUGCCCUAUCAGGAGGAAUGGAUCAUUAGCCAUCGUGGAGCCUGAGUGUGAGAAAAGCUCGGCCACUACCUACUUCUGGUACCGCCAGACUCUGAACACCACCAGCACCAUUGCAGACAGUGGUGGCCUGAACGUCAAGAUGACCCUGUCUCUGCUGGUGGCCUGGAUCAUCGUCUGCCUGGCUGUCAUCAGAGGCAUUGCGUCCUCCGGGAAAGUGAUGUACUUCAGCUCGCUGUUUCCCUACGUGGUGCUCUUCUGUUUCCUGGUGAGAGGUUUGCUGUUGAAGGGUGCUGUUGAUGGCAUUGCACACAUGUUCACUCCCAAGCUGGAGAAGAUGCUGGAGCCCCAGGUGUGGAGGGAGGCAGCCACCCAGGUGUUCUUUGCCCUGGGCCUGGGCUUCGGUGGAGUGAUUGCCUUCUCCAGCUACAACAAGAUAGACAACAACUGCCACUUUGACGCCGUGCUCGUCUCCUUCAUCAACUUUUUCACCUCCAUCCUGGCUACUCUGGUGGUGUUCGCCGUGCUGGGCUUCAAGGCAAACCUCAUGAACGAGAAGUGUGUCAUGGAGAAUGGAGAGAAGAUCCUUGGCUACCUGAACUCUAACGUGCUGAGUCAUGACCUCAUUCCGCCACACGUGAACUUCUCCCAGCUGUCCACCGUAGACUACGCUGAGAUAUACGCCGUCAUCAAGACGGUGAAGGAGGGCAGCUUCGCCGAGCUGAGCCUGGACCCCUGUGUCCUGGAGGAUGAGCUUAACAAGUCUGUGCAAGGUACAGGCUUGGCUUUUAUUGCCUUCACCGAGGCCAUGACUCAUUUCCCAGCCUCUCCCUUCUGGUCUGUCAUGUUCUUCUUCAUGCUCAUCAACCUGGGCCUGGGCAGUAUGAUCGGCACCAUGACAGGCAUCACCACGCCGGUCCUCGACACCUACAAGGUCCAGAAGGAGCUCUUCACAGUGUGCUGCUGCAUCAUAGCCUUUUUCUGUGGCCUCCUCUUCGUCCAGCGCUCUGGGAACUACUUUGUCACCAUGUUUGACGACUACUCCGCUGGUCUGCCUCUCACUAUCGUGGUCAUCCUGGAGAAUGUGUCAGUGGCCUGGAUCUACGGCACCAAGAGGUUUAUGCAGGACCUGGAGGACAUGUUGGGUUUCCGGCCCCACGCCUUCUAUUUCUACAUGUGGAAGUACGUCUCCCCUUGUUGUCUCAUCGUUCUCAUCACAGCUACCGUUAUCGAGAUGGCCAUCAGCCCGCCAGGGUACAAUGCAUGGGUAGAAGAACUGGCUCAGGAGCGUUUCCAGAGCUACCCUCCCUGGGCAUUGGCCAUGUGCUUCUCCCUCAUUGUGGUGGCCAUGCUUCCUCUCCCCGUCGUCUUCAUCGCCCGCUAUUUCAACCUGAUGUCCGACGGCUCCAACAAGCUGUCUGUCUCCUAUCGCAAGAACAUGAUGAAGGACAUCUCCAACCUGGAAGAGGUGGAUGAGGCGCGCUCCAUCCUGGGCAAAAACCCAGGAGAGACGCCCUCGCCUAAGCCCCCAUCCCAAGCCUACCUCGGCCCCCCUGGCACCAACCCCCUGGAAAACCCUAACUCCCUGUCCCCCAACAGCUGCUACGGGACAAGCUACCAGAACGCCAUCAGCCCACAACCUCCACCACCCCUAUCACCCCCACUACCACUGAGUCCAACUCAUGAUCACUGUCCAUCUUCUUCAUGUCCCUCCCCUAGCCUGACCCUAGAUCCCUAACUAUCUCUCCCUCCUAGGCCAUCUCACCCUCAACCCUACAUAGUCUCACCACCAGGGGGUGCUGCAGCGCUUCCCAAAACUCCACAACCACCACCCUCACCCACUGAGUGACCCUUAUCGCAGGACACCCCUCUCCCCCUCUCCCUUCCCCCCCAGCCCCAGAGGUUAGAGUUUACUGCAGCAGAGGUGACUGCCACACAGGCCUCUGCUUUGACAAUGAACUACAUGUUCAGGUGUCUGGGAUGUUGCAGUGGUAUGUAUCAAUCCCUACUGGAGGGUAUGCAAUGCUGAACAUGCAGUAUGUUUUGGUCUAGAUCAGGGAUCUCUAAAAGGUGGCCCGCGGGUGAUUUCAUUUUGCCCCCCAAUUUUUAUAAACAAACAUGUUCAUUGUUGGACAUAAAAUCAUCAGGAAAUCAGCUUAAAGAAAGUAUUCCCACGGAAAAAUAGAGAGGCAUAUGUGAUCGUAUCCCAAUGUAAUCAAGGUUUGAAAUGAUUCUGUUUUUGUCAAAUACUAUAUCUGUUUGGGAUUCUUGUGGUCAAUUUGCAGUGUACAAAUAAUUUCUAACUAUGUUCCGGCUCCCCGACCAUCCACUCAAGGAAGAAUCGACCCACGGCUGAAUGUAAUUGGGGAAACCUGGUCUAGAUGUUUUUAGAGUAGUAGGAGAAGAGGCUCAAUAGAAAUGGACCCAAUAAAUGUUUUUUUUCUUCCCCUCACGCAUAUUGAUAGGUAAUAAUAAUGACACUAUAAAGUACGAGAUUGACAGUAACCUAAUAACCUCAUAACAGGUUAACAUUUGCAUAAUAUUUGGCCUCUAGGGAGUGUUAUAUGGCCUGCUUUUCAUGCUUAUUAUAGACAGAGGUCAAGGGAAUGUAGAGGAACCUCAUAUUUACAUUGCCAUUAAGUGACAACUGAAUGUGAGUAGCUAUAUAUGCUUGUUGCAGGUUUGAAGCCUUUUAAGCAUUGCAGUGUCAGUCCUCUAUACCAUAUUAUAGCCAUAGAGUGUGGUUAUGCUCUUCCUUUAUUUUAUGUGGAACAUUUCCUUGUAAUUUAGUGUGCCACGGAAGCACUUGAGUGAACCACUGCUCUUGACACACCUCCUUUCGCUUCAAUGCAAUACCUGCUUCAGCUAAAACUGUUUAGAGGCAGGAACAAUGGACUGUUUGCAGUCCAGAGGGCUUUGGGAAGCCACUAUCUUCAUUGUCUAUUUGCUAGUUUCGGGUUGGGGGG